AUGCCUGAUCCGGCUGCUUUGAGAAUCUACGCGGAUGACUUUUCUACAGCUCUAAGACUUGUGGCCAGGAACUCAUGGCGCCAGAGCAUUCAGUCGUGGCUGGUAGUCCCUACGGGAAUCAUGAUGAUAUUGGCAGUAUGCUUUGGCAUAGAGAAGAUCUUUGAUCUGGGUAACAUAUCAUUUCCGGCAUCGGUUGCCUGCUUGAUCAUUCUAUUCCUGGCCCUGCUUUUAUCAGAGCGAGUCCUUGGCGAGCAUCGUACGCGCAGGUUGGUUGCAUAUAUUGACAUCCCAGCAGGCUGGUCUUUGCGCUGGAUCAGCAUGUGCUUUACACCUUCUUUCGUGUUAUUGCCCUUGAGUCCGCCGAUAGGCGUGAUCGAGGUGCUCAAGAUCAUUGCAGUGUUUGUGAUCGGAUUCAUUGUGAUGAUGGUGUUCACCGCGUACAUGACUCGUGGGCUUCAAGCAAUACUCGGAACAUCCAAACGCGCAAUGAUAGAGCGUGCCGAAGAACUUGGCCCCGAAGGCGACGAGAUUCCUAUGACCGACAUAGCAGAUGGUGACCUUCCUGGGAAUCAGACAGAUGAGUCAGCUACAGCAAUGACAGCUAGAUCUUCUAUCGAUCUAGCCACUCUGUCGCCUGCUAUGGCUUCACAGGCUACCUCUCAGAUUCGCCUGCAUGAGCCAGAGCCACCGACUACCCCCUCCGAAGCCAAUGAAAAUGGGUCUCCGGACAGAGAUCAGAUAUCUCCACAGGAGCCAGAGCCUGCUGAAAGAGCAAAACUUUGGGCUGCAGUGGUCGUAAGCCAUGUUGACUCUUUGACCUUUGUUGCUAUUUUCCUUUUCAUCGGUAUGCCACUUUAUUAUUCAACUGGGUACGGUAUGCCAAUGCAUCUCGCCUUUAGUAUUUUGACAUACUAUACCGCACUUGCACUGCCUCCAUCGUGGAAGCAGUUCCUGCAUCCGGUUCUUGUCUCUUCUCUGAUUACCGUCUUGGGGAUAUGGGUUCUUGGUCUCGCAGAGGGCCGGAAUCUCUAUACCACACUCACAGAAUACCGCACUGGAGCAAAAUAUUCGAAGCUCUGGGACGGGUCACACAAGUUGCCUGGUGCUGGAGACAUUCUUGGCAGCGUACUUGAUGCGAGCAUCGUAGCUCUUGCACUACCGAUGUAUCAAUAUCGCCGAGAGCUUCGGGAGCAUUUCUUUGCUAUUGUUACACCAAAUAUCUUGGUUUCCAUUGCCUCGCUGUUUGCCUAUCCUUACAUCUGCUUCGAGAUAGGCAUAACAGCUGAGAGGAGUCUCGCAUUCUCUGCUCGAAGUCUAACCCUAGCUCUGGCUACUCCCGCGGUCGUGAACAUUGGGGGUGAUACAUACACGAUCGCCGCAAUCGCUAUAGCAAGCGGGAUAACCGGGGCACUGAUAGGCCAGAAGAUCUUGGCAUGGCUCAAGAUCCCCGAAGACGACUACGUCACCAGAGGGGUUACCCUUGGAGCCAACUCAUCGGCAAUUGCCACUGCUAUGUUAUUGCGAACCGAUCCGCGAGCGGCUGCACUUUCGAGUCUCUCUAUGGGCUUGUUUGGAACGAUAACUGUCUUGUUUACAUCAAUACCACCUAUCGCAAAUGCUAUCAGAUCAUUGGUUGGGUUAUAG